AUGAGGCAGGCAGGAGUCUACUCCGGCAUUCUCUGCGGCAAAAACGGACCUCACUCCCUGCCAUUAUCGAGAAUAAAGAAGAUAAUGAAGCACUCCGGCGAGGACGUGAAGAUGAUCUCCUGCGAAGCUCCCCUCGUCUUCUCCAAAGCCUGCGAGCUCUUCAUUGAGGAGCUCACCAUGAGAGCCUACAAGGUUACCGUUCAGGGAAAGCGCAGGACCCUCCAGAGGGAGGAUAUCGCCACCGCCAUCUCCGCCACCGAUGUCUUCGACUUUCUCCUCGAGAUGAUUUCCGCUUCCGUCGCCACCACCGCCACUGACGACGUAAGAGCCGCUGCUAAGAGCGCCUAA